AUGGUAGACCUACUGGAUAUCCUGGGACAAAGCUCUCCGACCCGUCCUGCCGCAGGGCAAUCGCUCUCCUCCACGGCCGAUUCUGCCAAAGAUCCUAAGCUUGCGACACGAAUGGGUGCAAUGGCCCUCGAGGGCGCCGCCGACCGCCAAAGAGCCCUAAUGCAAGCCAGCCAGGAACGGCAGAAUUUCCAAAAGCACAUCUACCGCAAGUGGAACACUGGUGACGUCUACGCACCGCACGACCUGUCCGGCGUGGAGCAGAAGAAGUGGAAGCUCGCCCGCAAGACCCCUUCAAGCGAUGCCUUUGACACGCUCGGCAUCAACCCCAUCAAUGAAUACAAGGUAGCUACGCACCUUGGAGGAAAGAGGGUCACGACUAACGCUGUGCAGAAUUUCACCAUGAUGUCCGAGUACAUGACUGAGAUGGGCCGGAUAAAGCACUCGCGAGAGACCGGCCUGCGACCGAAGAACCAGAGGAAGAUCGCGAAGGCGAUACGACGGGCAAUCGGGCUGGGCCUGAUGCCCAGUGUACACAGGCACCCGUUGGUGCUCAAGAAAAGCUCUCCGUCGAGAUUUAUGUAG